UAUAGAAGUGAUGGAUUUUGGAGGAAAAUUGAGUUUUAUAGAGAGCAGCCGGACAUCAAUUUCAAACACAAUCUCAUUCUUAUGCUACAACUCCGCGAUUCUGUGCCCGCUUUCAAGUUCUGGAGUACUUAUCCUAAUUUGAAUACAGCCUUCCGUUCCGAUCAGUUAUCCCUUCCGUAUAUUACUAACCGAGAGAUCGAUACAAAUGGUGACGGAAAAUAUGAUGAAUUAAAUAUUGAUUUGAAUGUCGCCAUCGAUCCCAAAGAUCAGGUGAUCGGCGCUCAACUAAUCCUAUUCUUUGAUUAUAGACUUCACUCCAAAAUAUACCUUCAAAUGGAAAGCAUAACUCAUAUGAAAUACGAGUCGCCGACGACUGGAAGAGGGCUUCGAGUGAUUGGGAACUUAAAACUGAACCAAAAGGAGCCUUUGGAUUUCUCUAAUCUUUUUCUACCGCUUUUCAUAGUCUAUAGAAGUGAUGGAUUUUGGAGGAAAAUUGAGUUUUAUAGAGAGCAGCCGGACAUCAAUUUCAAACACAAUCUCAUUCUUAUGCUACAACUCAGGGAUUCUGUGCCCGCUUUCAAGUUCUGGAGUACUUAUCCUAAUUUGAAUACAGCCUUCCGUUCCGAUCAGUUAUCCCUUCCGUAUAUCACUAACCGAGAGAUCGAUACAAAUGGUGACGGAAAAUAUGAUGAAUUAAAUAUCGAUUUGAAUGUCGCCAUCGAUCCCAAAGACCAGGUGAUCGGCGCUCAACUAAUCCUAUUCUUUGAUUAUAGACUUCACUCCAAAAUAUACCUUCAAAUGGAAAGCAUAACUCAUAUGAAAUACGAGUCGCCGACGACUGGAAGAGGGCUUCGAGUGAUUGGGAACUUAAAACUGAACCAAAAGGAGCCUUUGGUUUAUCGCAAACAUCACAUCGGACUCAAUGAGAAUAUAAUUGGUUCGCAAGAGUUCUUCAUCGAAGACAUGUUGGAGUCAUAUAUUAGACGCAACUGUGAGUCUCUAUUGAUUAUAAUUAAAACUUAA